AUGCCAGUCGAGCUCGGAUCCCCUUCCCCAGAGCCGUUUGAGCGCUCUCCAUCCCCCGAAUUCGGUUCGCGCGGCGGCGCGUCCGGCGACGAGCCCAAGAUCCGCGGCCGCCGUUUCACCGAGAACGAUAUCCAAAGGCGUCGACUCGACAAGCUCCUAGCCAACCCCGAUAAGGAAGUGGUUCUCCCGGAAGGAAUGGGGAUGAAGAUGGGCCGCACGCCCAAAGACACGCUCAAGAACAUCUCGGGCUCAUCUGCGGCGGCAGGAUCGGGCGAGUUCCACAUCUACAAGCAAUCGCGGCGACGCGAGUACGAGCGCGUCAAGGCCAUGGAGCGGCAAACACGGGAUUUCGAGCAGCAGGCAGCCUUUAUGGCGCGACAAGCCGAGCGUGAUCGUGUGACUGACGAGAAGACGGCCAGGAACCGAGCCAAGCGUCAGAAGCGCAAAAACCGCGGCGGCGAGUCCAAGGCCGGCAAAGGCGCCAACGGCCACGAACCAGACGCCAAGAAGAGCAAGUUCGCUGGUGGAGACGAGACGGGGCAGCGCAAGGAGCGAGAGGAGCGUGAGAAGGUCAACACUGUCGCAGAGGUGCAGGCUGCGCAGGCAGCAGCAGCUGCGGGGGACACCGCGGAACGCCGCGCAGAGGUGUCGAUUACGGUCGUAGACGACGAGUAG